AGUUUCCGGUUUGCAGUGUUGAGACGGUAACACGUGGGUCUUCUCUUCGGGAUUCCUGGAUUAUUCCUACCCGUGGUGAAUUUGUCCCGUCGGAGCUUCUUUCAGAUUUAAGGAUGAAGGCGAGAAGAAAUAAAAAACAGAUCCCAAGCUUUAGGAAAUUGAUUAAGACUAGUAAAGUCAAACUUGAAAACAAACUAAAAAAUAAGCAAUAUAAACAACAAAGCAAUAUCAGGAAGUGCCGAAAAGAACAGAGGAAACUAAGGCAAGCUGUAAAAGAUGCUGUGUCUAAGAAACCCGUUCCCCUGGAGGACCCAAAGAAAAAACGACCAGGUAAAAGGGUUGAGAGGGAAGAGGAGGAAGAAGAGGAAGCCCUUCCUUUAGAUAUGAUGGAUGAAGAUGACUUACAGUUAAUGAGGGAUUUAGGACAAAGAGCAUCUUUUCUAACGAGAGAUCUUUCUUCUAGUGAGCCUGUUCAUGUCAAAAAACGAAAGCAUGAGCACGUUAUAGAUAAAUAUGAAAAAGUACCAAGAUCUCUGCAAACUGCACCAGAGAAGGAGUUGAUUCACUUGCUUCCUAUCAAAGAUAAAAGUGGUAUAAUCCCACAGACCAGAGAAAAGCCAGUUACUGACACUAACCAGGAUGAAGAGGAUCAAAACGAGAUGGAACCUGAGGAAGAGAUUAUUGAAGAUCCUGUUCCAGAGCUGACUAUAGAAGAACAUGUAAUUGAGAGAAAGAAGAAAUUGCAGGAAAAGAAACUGCAUAUUGCUGCCUUGGCGUCUGCCAUAUUAUCAGAUCCAGAAAGUAAUGUUAAAAAAUUGAAAGAAUUACGUUCAAUGCUGAUGGAACAGGAUCCUGAUGUGGCUGUUACUGUUCGAAAGCUGGUGGUAGUUUCUCUGAUGGAGUUAUUUAAAGACAUUACCCCUUCCUAUAAAAUCCGUCCCCUAACAGAAGCAGAAAAAUCUACCAGGGUCCGCAAAGAAACCCAAAAGUUAAGAGAAUUUGAAGAAGGCCUUGUUAGCCAAUACAAAUUUUAUUUGGAAAAUUUGGAGCAAAUGGUCAAAGACUGGAAGCAAAGGAAACUGAAGAAAAGUAAUGUAGUUUCCUUAAAGGCAUACAAAGGACUGGCAGAAGUGGCGGUGAAGAGUCUGUGUGAGCUCUUGGUGGCACUACCUCAUUUCAACUUUCACAACAAUAUCAUCGUACUGAUCGUCCCUCUCAUGAAUGAUGUGUCAAAAUCGAUAUCUGAAAUGUGCUGUGAGGCAGUAAAGAAACUUUUUAAACAAGAUAAAUUAGGCCAAGCAUCCCUUGGAGUAAUUAAAGUGAUUUCUGGUUUUGUGAAGGGCAGAAAUUACGAUGUUAGGCCAGAGAUGUUAAAAACAUUCUUGUGCCUAAGAAUCAAAGAAGUAGAAGUGAAAAAAGAUACAGAGGACAUUAAUAAACCAAAAAAGUUCAUGACUUUCAAGGAAAAGAGAAAAAGUCUGUCAAGAAUGCAGAGAAAGUGGAAAAAAGCAGAAGAGAAACUAGAGCGAGAGCUUCGGGAGGCAGAAGCCACAGAAAGCACUGAGAAAAAGCUGAAAUUGCACACGGAGACUUUGAAUGUUGUGUUCGUAACAUACUUCAGAAUAUUGAAGAAAGCCCAGAGGUCACCGCUCCUGCCAGCAGUUCUGGAAGGUCUUGCCAAGUUUGCUCACCUUAUAAAUGUGGAGUUUUUUGAUGAUUUAUUAGUAGUUCUACAUAACCUCAUUGAGUCUGGUAACCUAAGCUAUCAAGAAAGUCUUCAUUGUGUCCAAACGGCUUUUCAUAUUCUUUCUGGGCAAGGUGAUGUUCUGAAUAUUGAUCCAAUGAAAUUCUAUACACAUCUUUACAAAACACUGUUCAAGCUACAUGCAGGCGCUACCAAUGGAGGGGUUGAGAUUGUGCUCCAGUGCCUCGAUGUCAUGCUGACCAAACGCAGAAAGCAGGUUUCUCAGCAACGAGCUCUUGCCUUCAUCAAGCGCCUCUGCACCCUUGCUCUUCAUGUUCUUCCGGAUUCAAGCAUUGGCAUUUUAGCCACUAACAGAAUACUAAUGCACACUUUCCCCAAAACAGAUCUGUUGCUUGACAGUGACUCUCAGGGUAACGGGGUUUUCCUUCCCGAGCUGGACGAACCCGAGUACUGUAACGCUCAGAACACCGCCCUGUGGGAGCUGCACGCGCUACGGCGGCACUUCCACCCCGUUGUGCGGAGGUUCGCAGCUCACCUCAUCGCCGGGGCCCCUCUGGAAGGCUCUGAAGCACUCAAACCAGAGUUGAGCCGAAGAUCUGCUGUGGAACUUUUUGAGGCUUAUAGCAUGGCAGCAAUGACAUUCAAUCCUCCUGUUGAAACUUCAAGCCCCAAAAAGAAGGAUAAAGUUUUGCAAGGGGAUUCAUUUUUGAAUGAAGAUUUAAAUCAACUAACCAAAAGACUUUGCAGUGAAGUUGCUACUCAUUUGCCUCUGGAUCUCACCAAAUAUUUGAAACCGUCACUGCGGUAGUGGAAGGAGGAAGAGUCAGUGGACUUUGCUGUACAUUCGUGUAUUUGUGCAGGUGCACAUAAAGAUAAUGGUUCACUUAGGACCUUCUCUUUUGUACAAGGGAAACUUCCUGAGAAAAUUAACAGAGGAGGAAUUUUCCUUUGCAUGGUACAGGAUUCUGCCCUAAUUCUGAAAAUGUCCUUUCAUUUGGAAAGGAGAAUCAAAAGCCUUUUCCUCCCCUUAUAUUUGGAAACUUCUUUCUUAGUGAUGUUGCCUUUUUAAAAUUUAAUAUACAUAUUAACUACUUUGGCCUCUGAAAAAAUAUAUGAAUGUUCAUUAUGGCUGCUUUCAAAGAAA